AACCUGAACAACAUGGCGUUCACAACAGAACUCCGACCAAUGUCUCCCAACUCUGCCAUAAGUUCUCCGCCAACACCUCACAUCGCGUCUGGAACACAAACACCCGUUGGCCAACGCAUGGUCGCAGCGAAGAAAGCCGACGGCUACAGAUUGUUCUCAGAUUUCAUCUCCUCGGACCCAUUACGGUCUACGACCAUCUUUCGGCGCUUCGACCGUCUAGCUAUGCGCAACCUACUCUAUCUGGAGAGCGAGCUGGCAGCGUUGGAAAGCGAGGUGGAAAGAUUAGACUUGGACCUGAUCCCCGAGACGAUGAUCAACCAUCUAGGAGACUGGACUAUACUCAAGGCUGAGGCUGAAUACGCAGAAGAAGAUACAACUGAGAAUGUAUCAGAGGAAGAGGCUAGGAAACAAGAGUUGAUGAUAGCAAGGAUGAAGUUAGUGAAGAAGAUUAGGGUCAAGGUGAAAGAGUAUCAUGAAGCACUGAAGUUGAUGAACGAGAUACUUGCUCUCGAAAGACCAGAGCAUGAUGAUAUUGAAACAAACGGCCGUAUAUUCGUCCAACCGGAUGAUGACGAUUUCGACCAUGAUCAUUGGCAAGACAAAGCCGAAUCGCAUGCUAUUAUACAAGGUGCAAUGUCAAUGCAUCUCUGCGGGGAAAACCGGAAAGACCUUUGCACUUUGGCGCCUCAAGUCGAACGAGAUCCCUUCACUCGUCUGGUCGAAAGCAAGCAUCAACUCCGCAACAUGAUUAAAGAUAAGACCACCGGUAUGACCAGUCUCUCCAAAUGGAAACGCCUGAACAAGGUCAUCACCUGGAUCAGCGUUUGUGUUGUGGUAGCGUGGCUCGUCGGUGCCAUCUUGGGCUUGUUUUUCUGGGAGUCAAAUACCGGCCGCCUCAUUCUGCUCAGUGUCAUGACUAUGGGCUUUGCAGUCUCGAUUCUCUGGCUGACCACUGCACGACGACAUGAUGUAUUUGCAUCUACGGCCGCAUACGCUGCCGUGCUUGUCGUCUUCAUUGGGAGCACGCUUCAAGGUAAUGGACCUCAGAGUGCUGCGAGUGCUACUUCGAGCAAGACACGAGUGACCAGAUAUCUUCAGCCCACUCGGACGUAUCUAGCGUCUGGCUUUGAGGCAGAGCAUACUUCGAAUGGCACUUACGCUGUCACGCUGAUCGGUGGGAUGUUUAUUGUCGCUAGCAUAUUAAUUUGCGCGGUAUUGUUGCUUCAACUAAGGAAGAGACGCAUCAGACUAUAG